AGUUAUCAUAAUGGGCCAUAGCCAAAGUGAGGUCCUUUUCUCAAUUCUUCAAUUUCAGGCACGAUCACAUGUAUUCAUCACCGCUUCAUGCGCAAGAUUCCAGGUUCUCAACCUCAGAUAUUGUUGAAAGGGAGCAGAAUCCGACGUCAUUGUCUCUACUGCACAUUUGGCAAACUUUCUUCAUGCUGAUUAAAAAGGAUUUUGCAACUGAUAUCCAGCUAGAGAGGGCUGCCUUCCUUGUUUGGUGACUUAUGAGUUUGCAAAGAACGUUCAGCAGUGGAUUAUAUUUUCUUCAUCAUCGAAAAAUGGUGCAUUUUAUUUCAAUGGUGAAUCCUUUGCCUUGUUUUGUUGGAUGCUUCCCCGAAUGACACGUCUUUCUAGCUGAACCUCCCACUCAUAUUCCUUUCGCAAGGAGGUAUUUGCUAGGGUUUUGAAACUUGAUCGAAAUGGGAAAAAUCUUACGAUCAGGAGCUAGAGUUGCCUUCAGCAACAGUCAGGUACCGGCAACUUCUACUGUGGUAUCGACCAUCAGGACCGAAGAGUUGAUGAAUGAUCACAUAAAUACCCUCUGUAAACAGAAAUUUUACAGGGAAGCACUGGAAGCGUUUCAUUUCUCACACAAGAACUCAAGCUUCAAGAUAAGUUUAAAGACUUAUGUUUCUUUAAUUUGUGCUUGCUCUUCCUCGAGAUCUCUGGCACAAGGCAGGAAGAUUCAUGAUCACAUCUUGAAAUCCAACUGCAAGCAUGAUACUAUUCUUAAUAAUCACAUUCUAAGCAUGUAUGGAAAAUGUGGCUCGCUGAGGGAUGCUAGACAAGUUUUUGAUCUUAUGCCUCAGAGAAAUUUGGUCUCUUAUACAUCUGUGAUUACUGGCUAUUCACAGAACGGUCAGGAAGCCGAGGCAAUCAAAUUGUACUUGAAAAUGCUUCAGGAAGAUUUAGUUCCUGACCAGUAUUCAUUUGGAAGCAUCAUCAAAGCAUGUGCUAGUUAUGGUGAUGUUGGGUUAGGGAAGCAACUGCAUGCUCAAGUCAUUAAGUUGGAACCUACUUCUCAUCUUGUUGCUCAAAAUGCUCUUAUUUCUAUGUAUGUUAGCUUCAAUCAAAUAUCAGAUGCAAGCAAAGUGUUCUCUGGUAUUCCGAUGAAGGAUAUAAUUUCGUGGGGUUCCGUCAUUGCAGGGUUCUCGCAGCUUGGGUACGAGUUAGAGGCACUGAGCUGCUUAAAAGAAAUGUUGUCUUAUGGUGUUUUCCAGCCAAAUGAAUAUAUAUAUGGUAGCUCUUUAAAAGCUUGUAGCAAUCUCCUUCGACCAGAUUAUGGAAGCCAAAUACAUGGGUUAUGCAUUAAGUCUGGGUUUUCUGGAGACGCGUUUGCAGGCUGCUCGCUCUGUGACAUGUAUGCUAGAUGUGGUUUUUUGAGUUCUGCACGGAGAGUGUUUUAUCAGAUAGAGAAACCUGAUACAGCAUCAUGGAAUGUGAUCAUUGCUGGACUUGCAAAUAACGGCUACGCUGAUGAGGCUGUAUCAUUUUUUUCUCAAAUGAGGAAUUCUGGUUUUACUCCUGAUGCUAUCUCCUUGCGUUCUUUGCUCUGUGGUCAGACAAACCCAAUGGCUCUGUGUCAAGGCAUGCAAAUUCACUCUUUCAUUAUCAAGUAUGGUUUUCUGACAGAUCUUUCAGUUUGCAACUCUCUGCUUACCAUGUACAAUUGCUGCUCGGACUUGUAUUCUUGUUUUAGGAUAUUUGAAGACUUCAGAAACAAGGCAGAUUCUGUUUCUUGGAAUGCUAUUCUGACGGCGUGUUUGCAACAUGAACAGCCAGCAGAGGUGUUGAGAUUUUUUAAGCUGAUGUUUGUAUCUGAAUGUGAGCCAGAUCACAUAACCACGGGUAGUCUGCUUCGGGCUUGUGUAGAAAUUUCAUCUCUAAAAUUGGGAAGUCAAGUCCAUUGCUAUAACUUGAAAACCGGGUUGGUGCUUGAACAAUUUAUAACAAAUGGACUGAUUGAUAUGUAUGCCAAGUGUGGGUCAAUGGAGCAAGCGAGAAGGGUAUUUGAUUCAAUGGAUAACCGAGAUGUGGUUUCGUGGAGCACAUUGAUAGUUGGAUAUGCACAGUCUGGAUUUGGAGAUGAAGCUCUCACACUGUUCAAGGAGAUGAAAAGCUCGGGCAUAGAGCCAAACCAUGUAACGUUUGUCGGUGUUCUUACCGCAUGUAGUCAUGUUGGGCUGGUGGAAGAAGGCUUGAAGCUGUAUGCAAUCAUGCAAACCGAAUACGGGAUUUCACCAACAAAAGAGCACUGCUCUUGCAUUGUCGACUUACUAGCUCGUGCUGGACAUUUAAAUGAAGCUGAGAAGUUCAUCAAUGAGAUGAAGUUGGAACCUGAUGUAGUCGUGUGGAAGACUCUACUGUCUGCAUGUAAAACCAAAGGAAAUGUUGAUCUCGCCCAAAAAGCUGCUGAAAAUAUUCUGAAGAUCGAUCCUUUCAACUCUACAGCUCAUGUAUUGCUCUGUGGCUUACACGCUUCUUCUGGAAAUUGGGAAGAUGCGGCAUUGUUGAGGAGCACGAUGAAAAAGCAUGACGUUAAAAAAGUUCCGGGACAGAGCUGGAUUGAAGUUAAGGAUCAAAUUCAUAUAUUCUUUGCUGAAGAUGUUAUUCAUUCAGAGAAGGAAGAUAUCUAUACAGUUCUGCACAACGUCUGGUCGCAGAUGCUAGAUGAGUGCCAUCCGCAACACAAGAAAAGACUCCAGUUUAUCGAUGAGACCGGAUAAACAGACUUUUAAGUGCAAUUUGUCUCUCUUCAAACAAAGCACAGAGAAUGGAAUGCCAUUGCGUAUCAUCUUGUGUUGCCAUGAGAGAUAGAUGCAGCGUACACAGGCGCAGCGUUCUGUUAAGGCAUUUGACGAGCACGCAAGCAGGAUGAAACAUCUACUAGUGAAGGUGGAUGAUUUGAAGGAUGCGGUGAAGGAACUAUCUUCAAUUUAAUGGCUACAAUGAUAUCACAGCUAGUUGCUUUUCUUAUCUCUUUGCUUCUUCUGCUCUUAUUGAUGUAUUUUCAGAUUGGAUUCGCCGAGAGCCGAGCUAUUUUGGCGCCACCCUCUGAAUCGGGUAGAGGAAAAGGCCCAUAGGCCAUGAGCAAAAAUACGGUUUGAGAGGUAACAGAGUUACAGAGAAGACCCUAUAAUGGUCAAAGAUUAUUGUUCUUAUGAUUUUAUAUUAGUUUUCGGAUUAUGUCAUAAGAUUAGAUCAUAUGAUAACAAUAC